CGGUUAUCUCGGCCUCUGGGCACUUGCGAGACGCAGGGAGCUGUAGAGCAGUGUUUCGUAGCUUGAUUUCGUCGGGUUCUCGAAAACUCCGCCGCGCGCCACCGCUAGCGCCGCUGCGAGCAAUUUGAGUCGGGAGGCUGUGCGCGCUGCGCGUGCGCGCUGUGCAAGCGAUGGAGCCGCCGCCCGAAACCGAGGAGGACUACUUUGCCGCGGCCUACGAAGAGGAGCUGGCCAUGGAGGAGGAGGCGCGCGCGGCGGCCGAGGCGCCCGCCGCCGCGCCGAUGGACACGGCCGAGCCGUCGGAGGCCGACAAGCCCAAGGGCGUCUUCGACUGGCGCGAGCGCGACGACUUCGGCAAGCGCUUAGUGCCCGAAGAGAGCCGGGCGAAGACGGUGCAUGAUAGAAGGAAGGAACAAAAGCUGCAGGCACCGGGCGCCGCCGUCCCGGAUGAGAGUGUUGGAUUACUGAGACUGCCGCCUCAUAACGUACCGUCCAUCCCGGUGACGCUGGCGGACGGGUCGAGGAGGCACGCGGCCAUUGCACGAUCUGGGACGCUCGAGAUGCGCUCUUCUCAACUGCUUUCAAGACCCGUCGAUGAGAUGCUGCGGGAGAUCGACGAAGAUGUUGUACAAGAUGAUGAGGAUGUGGAGAUGACGUCCGAGCGGGGCGACGGCGCGCUCUGGGUCGACCGCUACGCGCCCACGAGCUUCCCCCAUUUACUGAGCGACGAGAGAACAAAUAGGGAUGUGCUCCGAGCCAUCAAGGACUGGGACCCCCACGUGUUUCGGAAAGCAGCACCGGCACCUCCGCGAGUGCCCCAGUACCGACCGACGCAGCAGUCGUAUUCAUCACAAAGGUCGUCGAACUUCUCGUCGUCCGGCGGUAGAAGGUACGACGCCCCCAAAAGACUCAAUGCGAGGCGAGGCGAACCGCCGCAACGCGAGUACAAGAAGUUCUCUCCUAAAAAAGACAAGAAGCCCUUCGUUCCUGAGGCUCCGAAGGCUACCCGAGGUGACGAUGGAAGACCCCUGAAGCGCGUCAUUUUGUUAGCCGGCGAGCCAGGGACAGGCAAGACGACAUUGGCCCAUGUGCUCGCUAGACAAGCUGGUUAUAGUGUAAGAGAGGUCAACGCGUCCGACGAGAGAUCUGCCGCAAAACUGGAGGAUGCCGUGAGAACCGCCUCGUCGAACCGAACGCUGUCGUCGGACCGACCCACCUUACUAGUGUUGGACGAGUUAGAUGGUGCUGAUGGUCAACAAGCGGUGGCGUGCCUCGUGCGCAUGGCUCAGGCCGAAUUACCCUCGAAAAAGAAGAGUAGUGAGAAACGGGCGUCGUUGUUUGGUCUAAAGGAAGAGGAAAAGACGACGACAAAGAAGCGCAAGGGGCCGCCUCCUCUCAGAAGGCCCGUGAUUUGUGUCUGCAAUGAUUUAUAUGCUCCUUCCUUAAGGCAGUUGCGAGAUGUGGCGUUGGUGUUCCAGCUGCGGAAGCCCACGGUGCCUCGUCGUUUAGCUCAAAGGUUACGUUCAGUAGCGGAUAGUGAAGGCGUGGCGUCGUCGCCGGCCGCACUAGCAACUUUAGCAGAUGCCGCCGAUGGCGACGUGCGAGCAGCUAUUGGGAGUCUGCAGUUCGCCGUCACCGCAUCAGGUGACCGCAAGGACGCCGCGAAAGUCACGAAAGCCAUCUUGCAGGCCGCCCAGUCGGCUACCAAAGACAGAUCAGCAGACGAGCCCGAGCUCUUUACUCGCUUAUUUAAGGUAGGCGAGCCGAAGCCCAAGAAGAUCAACCAUGAGGACGGUGUUAAGUUGAUACCACCGAAACCGUUGUUGGUGGAGCUGGCGCAGUCCUCCGCGCAGCGCAUUGUCGAUGGUGUGCUAGAGAACUACGGCAAGUGCGAACGGAGGCAGCCCGAUUCUCUAGAUGCCGCUUCGAAACUACUAGAUGACCUGUCCGUGGCGGACCAGUUCAUCGGCACGGCUUUUGGGAAGGACUGCUUUUCUGCGCUGCCCUACGCCGCCGCUGCCGCGGGCCUGUCGGCGCACUCUUUAUACUCGGUAGAUUCUCCACCGUUGAUGAAGCGGCCUACCGAUAGAAUCUUUCGUUCAGAAAGGCAGAAGCAUUCGUCGGCCUUAUGUUCACUGGACGAUUCAAGGGCGAGGUACGGCGGCCAACUGAAACUAGGCUGCUCGGUUCUAGCGUUGGACGUCUGUGCGUCGUUACGAAGACUAGUUCUGAAGCCCGGUUCCGUACGGCCGGUGAACCCCGACCUACUAAGGCAGCCCGAGCGCGAGGCGUUGGACAACGCGGCCGGUCGGUUGGCAGCAAACGGCCUCACGUUCGAGCGCGAUCUAUCCUUCCCGAAGCCCGACGAGCCGCCGAGACCGUUCAAGUUUAGAUUGAGGCCCGACGUCGCUUCCGUGUCCUUAUUUGCUGAUGCGGCCGAGGAGCCUUUGUCAGAUGUCUUGCGCCAGACGCUCGCGCGAAAAGUUUUAGUGGAGAAGGCGCGGCGACGGGAGCGCGCCGAGGCUGAUAAGAGGAGGGAGCAGAAGCCCAUCAAAAAAAGACAAUCGGUGGCGCCCGUCGACGCCGAGACGCUGUUGAAAAAAGCGGCGGCUAAGGUGCGGACGCCGGCCCAGCCCCAACGGCGGGGCUUCUCCUUCUCCUCGUGGCAGACGUCGAACAAGCGGGCGCCCCCGCCAAAAGCGACGGCGAAGCGCAAAGCCCAGGAGCAGCUCGAACGGGCGUCGCGGCCGGCCUACGCGGUGCAGUACAAGUUCAAGAAGGGCCACACGAACGCCGUCCGGCGCGAGGUGACGCUCGAGGACCUGCUGGCCUGAUGCUCUUCCUAAGACUACUAGUUAU